AUGACCAUCUCUUCUUCUAAUAUGAAAUAUGAGCACGAAGAGUACGAUUACAGCAUGAACCAGCAGCAGACGCCCUACAGCAACAAUCCUCAUGCUGGUGGCAAUGCUGGCCCCAGUACUACUGUUGCUGCUGCUGCUUCGUCAUCGUCUUGUGGAUCCAUUGGAUACGAGGAACGAGAGAGACGCACGUACGAACUAGUCGUUUGUCAGCAACCAUUGCAUGCUCGUAUGUGUGGUUUUGGAGAGAAAGAUCGUAGACCCAUUGACCCACCGCCUAUCGUGCAGCUCAUUGUGAAGCAGGAAGGACAGGAAACCUGGGUGGAUCUUCAAUCUCUACAAACGCCAUUCUUUGUUUUACAUGUAACAUUAUGGUCUGCUGAUAGAACACAAGAAAGAAACAUUAUAUCUAACCCGCCCAAAUGCACUCGUGUCUUGAUGGGAUCACUGGUGAGCUCACCCAGCCUAUUGAAGAAUCCCCAAGGCGAACAGGGCCUUUAUUUCGCAUUUCCUGAUUUGAGCAUUCGUACAGAGGGACAGUAUACAUUGAGAUUCAGUCUAAUCAAGUUGAUUAGUUCUGAUUUCCAACCUGACGCCAAGUCCAAGAUCAUUGCCCAAGUAUUUUCGGAUCCUUUCACUGUAUAUUCCGCUAAAAAGUUUCCAGGAAUGACAGGUGUGUAA